UGUGGAGCGGGCCAAUGAAAAGGCAGCCUGUGGGACCCAUUCAAACAGCUUUCCCCGUUGCAAGCAAGGCACAGAGUGCCGCUGGAUUGUUUCAGUGGAAUGGACCCUAACCGAGCUUUCAAACCUAAAACUGUAGACCAGUAAGUCGGGAUGGCAGAGUCGGUGGUGGCCUUCCAGAGCCGGCUCUGCUCUGUCAUGGAGAUCCUGCUGCGAGUCGCGGUGCGGGAGAUCGCAGACCUGGUGGAGAGCGGGGUGUCGCAGUCCGUGUUCGUCUUCCAGGCUCGGCUCGCCUCUCUCUCGGACACCCUGCUGAAGCUGGCAGUGCGAGAGAUCACCAAGGUCUUCGAGGCCAGUCUGAACGAUUUCCGACUGGAAAUCGCCAAGGAAAGGCUGGGGCCGGCGGGGAGGGAGCCGGGACCCGGACUCGGAGCCGGAGCCGGGCUGAGCGAUACCGGGAAGAGCGGCAGCGCCGGUGGGGAUCAGGACUGUACUGAGAGCAGCACCGGACAUCGCGGACAAACACUGACUGGAGCUGCAGGAGCCAGUGCCCCCCUUGCCAUAAAAAAGGAGUCUCCCAUUAAACACAAUAGCGAGGUGUGGGGCUCAGGUCUGAUGCAAAACAUGGAACUCAUUCCUACAGAAGACAAUGGAAAUGUCGCUGUGCAGCACAGGAUUGGAAAGAGUAUAGAGGAUCCUGGUGAACUUGAGUCUGUCAACAUGACAGCACCAGUGCCUAGAGAACAAAAUCUGGUUUCUUUAGGAUCUCACCCCCAUAGAGAAGCUCUCAGGACUCUGAACAAAAAGAAAAUUAGAGAAAGUUUCAGGAAACGGGGGACUAUUGCUACAGAAGCAGACAAGGAAGUGCUGAAAGGACAGAAUGAGGUUAAACCUAGAACGCAAGGUAUUGAGUUCCAGUCAAGUCCCUCUGCAGAGCAACACACUAUGACACUACACCCUCUUCACUCUGAAAAGGGGGAUACAGGUAAUAAUGUACAAGGGUCCACAGUGAAGAGGGCAGAUCAGAGACAAUGUAAGGAAGAUUUUGAAAGGGGAGAGCAGCAGAGAGGCCCAGGAAUUAGGAAGACUACACCACAAGCAUCUAUAAAUAUGCAGUCUUCCUCAGCUAAAGCAGAAGCACUGCCAUUACAAUACAAGCAGCAGAAGCAGCACGGAUCCUCCAGCACGCUGACCUCGCUGUCGGGGGACACGAAAGAGCCAAGUGGAAGUUCUGGGACCGCGAGUCUUUGUACACAGGGGACCACAUCAAGGGUCAGCAACAUUGGAGAGAGACAAAGUAGCAAGCGGCACAGCGAGUCAAGUUACGUGAAACAUCAUUCACGAGCUCAUACUGGAGAGAGACCAUACCGCUGCACCCUCUGUGGAAAGACUUUUAGUCAUUCCCAUGACUUUAAGAAACACCAACACAUACACAUUGGUGAGAGACCAUAUCGCUGCAGACACUGUGGGAAGUGUUUUAACCAUUUAGAUGACUUUAACAAGCAUCAGCAGAUUCACAAAGGGAAGAGACCUUUUCCCUGCAGUCAUUGUGGGGAGAGUUUUAACCAUUUAGAUGACUUUAACAAGCAUCAGCAGAUUCACAAAGGGAAAAGACCUUUUCUCUGCAGUCACUGUGGGGAGAGGUUUCAGUAUUCAUAUGAUUUUAAAAAGCAUCAGCUGAUUCACAAAGGAGAGAGACCAUAUUGAUACAGUCAAUACUUGAAUACUUUUAAUUGUGUGAGAGAUUUUAAUACACAUCUGCAGAUUCAUUAUGGAGACCUGCCUUAUUGCUGCAGUUAGUGUGGCAACAGGGUCCAUGCACUCAAUACAAAACACAUCUGCUUGACGAGACAGUAGAGAUCACCAGCCUUGGUCCAAGAGAGACCAUAUCCAGUUCUUCUUACAGGAAGCUUGUGUCUUGCACAUCUUUAAGUUAUUGCAGUGAACUGUGGUCCCUAGAUCUUAAGCACCAAUCUCUAAUUCAAAACAUUAACACACGAAAAUUGUUAGAAAAUGGUGAUUCAAUAAUGACCUGCUGAAUUGGGGCUCUCUAGGACCAGGUUUGGAGAUGUCUGCAGUAGAGCAACGGUACUGACAAUUUUCGAUACACUCUGAUUUAAGUGUUAAUCUAUGCCUUUGAAUAAAUAAACAUCUUUUAAAAACAAGA